AAAAGACGCAUUUCGGUUGCCGUUUUUCAGUUGGCAAACGAUACGAAAAGCGAACGCAUAUCAGCGUAAAACUCGAAAAUAUUUGUACAUUGAAAAUAAGAGUUUGCUCUCUCCAUAAUUUUAUUGGCCAUUUCACGAAUUCUUAGAGUGGCUGUAGUUGUUGUUGUUGUUACUAUUGUUAUUGUGAUUAUUGCACUGUGUCGUAUUCAAAGUGUGCCAUUAUCGCGCGGUUAUCGAAAAAUAAACCAAGUUACAAAAGCAAAUUGGAAAUUGAAAAAUAAAAAAAUCGGAGAGACAACAACAACAAAAAAAACAAAUAGCUAGAAUUAAUUGGCGCAUGUUAGGGGCGACAACGAUUUUCAUUCUCCGUGUCCGGUUAGUCGUUAAACGCCCGUCGCGCAUUCAAAACGUAACCGCCGCCCACUCGACCAGAAAACUGCGAGGAGUACCAACAGGGGGCGUGGUGUGAGAACAUUUGUGGCCCAUAACAGUGAUCGCACAAUCAGCUAACAAAAAUGUACCGACAACCGUCGACGGGCAUUAAGAACUUUGACUCGCUGAAAUCAUGGUCCGUCUGGGCAGGUGUACUCGGAGUGGUGCAAGCUGUCAUCUGGAUAGGUCUGACGAUAACCGCAAUUGUUGCAUACACAUGUCAUAUAUAUAUUACCAAUGACAUGACUUAUGGCACAUUUGUGAAGACCAUUUUCUUUGACGUCUAUUUCCAUGGCAACUGCAAGAUGCCUCUUGAUGCUUAUCAAAACUAUAAUUCCGAUAUUCUUAGGACCGUGCAGACUGUCUUUGAUCCCACUCAGCUCUUGAUCUGGGAUUGCGUAUAUCUGGGCGUUUCAGUUUGCUGGCUUGCAGUUUCCAUCGUCCUAUUGGCUUGUGUGCGUAAGGACUGUGUGAAGCUGACCCUUGGAGCUAUCUACAGUUGGGCCUUUUUCGUGGCCGCGAUUUGUGCCAUGGAUGUUGCCUCGGGCGUCAUCUUUGGCGUUGACUUUAGCCGCUUCCAUGCCAAGGCAUCGACAUAUAAUGCCAACACCAUAAAUGCUGGACCUGUGGAUCCAAAUGCUGCUCAGCUUAUUGCUGGUGGCGUCGCUGCCAUGGCCAUGAUGAUUAUCUCCUUUAAGGGAUUCGUCAUGUGGCUUAUUAACUUUAAACUGCUGAUCUAUUUGCUCGUGCGCGCGGUACGAAUUUCCACAGAUAACGACAGUUCGGAUACGCUGUUCAUGCCCCGUAAGAAUUCCAAUGAAAUUUUGACCACCAGACCACCGAUUCGCGCCUACGAAGAAGAAAGAGUGGAGGUGCAAGCGUAUAAUAAUGAAGCCUUUUUGCCGGAAACCCGCUCUACGGCGGAAACAAUCGAGGUGAACGAGGAGGCGAUUGUUCGAGCGGCGCAUAUGUCACGGGAUGCUAACCUUAUGGAUCGUCGCUUCCGCAGUAUCGAUGCCUUCCAGCAGUAUCCGGCACCAAGCUCGCAGGCAAACCGUCCCAUUCGUCAAUCGUCGCAGGCUCCAGUGCAGGAGACCGUUGUUGUGGCCACGUCGGGCUUCCCGAUGCCGGACUAUUCGCCAGGACUGAGCCCCAGUUCUAAUGGCAUUUUACGCCAUCCCCAGCAGUACUAACUUAAUGUGGCGCCAAAACAUUCAUACAAAUUAAUCCAUAUAAUUCUCAAAUAAUUCCUGACCCGAGUAAAGCCAGCAAACAAGCAAAGCAGCUGUAAUUAAGUUAACAUUUUGUCGGCAAUUGUAGUUUCUAUCAGAGCGUAUUAAUUUUAUUUAUUUACGUGUUAUUAAACAGUAUAUGUACAUUUAUGCAAG